UACUUCCUGUUCCCGCUAAUCCUGGCGUGGGGCCCGAGGCCCAAGAGUGACCGUGGCCUGAGUGACUUGGGGUUCCCGUGCCGACCGUGUCGCUCCGCGAAGCCAGACCCCAGGUGCUCGGGGCGGCUCUCGGGCCGCGCCCAACCUGCUCUGGGUUCCGGCGGGCAGCGGGCUGGGGCGGACUCCUGUCUUAGGAUGCCUAGGGAGGAGGAGGAGCGAGCCUUCCUGGAGGCCCGCGAGGAGCUGGCGAAUGCCCUGAGGAGGGAUUCCGGGCAGGCGUUUUCGGUGGAGCAGCUUCGGCCACUACUGGUCACCUCUCUGCCGCCAGCAGCCCGCUACUUGCAGCUGAACGCUGCACGCCUGGUCCGCUGCAACGCUCAUGGGGAGCCCCGAAACUACCUCAGCACCCUCUCCACGGCCCUGAACAUCCUGGAGAAAUAUGGCCGCAACCUUCUCAGUCCUCAGCGGCCCCGGUACUGGCGCGGGGUCAAGUUUAAUAAUCCUGUCUGCAGUACGGUGGAUGCUGUGCAGGGGGGCCGGGAUGUUCUGCGAUUAUAUGGCUACACAGAGGAGCAGCCAGAUGGAUUAAGCUUCCCUGAGGGGCAGGAGGAACCAGAUGAGCACCAAGUUGCCACAGUCACACUGGAAGUACUGCUGCUCCGGACAGAGCUCAGUCUUCUGUUACAGAAUACUCAUCCAAAACCUCAAGCACUGGAGCAGCUGCUGAAAGACAAGGUUGAAGAUGAUAUAUUGCAGCUCUCAGAGUUUGCCCCCUUACUGAGACAGAUUGCUCCUGGCCCCCUCACCACACCCUCUGCCCCAGGCUCCACACCUGGUCCCUGCUUCCUCUGCGGUUCUGCUCCAGGCACACUGCACUGCUCAUCCUGUAAACAGGCCUUGUGCCCAACUUGCGAUUGUCUCUUCCAUGGACACCCAGACCGAGCACAUCACCUCCGCCAGACCUUGCCAGGGGUCCCCCAGGCUACCCACCUGACCCCCAGCUUACCUGCCUCGGCUCCACCACGGCCUCAGUCAGCCUCCCUGCUGGCCCUGGGGGACAGCUCUCUUUCUUCCCCUGAUCCUGCAAGUGCCUGUCUGCCCUGGCACUGUUCUGCCUGUGCCAUGCUAAAUGAACCUUGGGCAGUACUAUGUGUGGCCUGUGAUCGGCCCCGCGGCUGUAAGGGGUUGGGGCUGGGGGUUGAGGGCCCCCAAGGAGCUGGGGGCCUAGAACCUGAGCUUGCACGGGGUCACUGGGCCUGCCAGAGCUGCACCUUUGAAAAUGAGGCAGCAGCUGUGCUAUGUGCCAUAUGUGAGCGACCUCGGCUGGCUCAGCCUCCUAGCUUGGUGGUGGAUUCUCAGGAUUCCGGCAUUUGCCUGCAGCCCUUCAGGUAACCUCAGGGGCAGACUUUGCUCUCCUCUGCCCAGACUCCCGUGUGGUACUGUAUUCACUGUACCUUCUGCAACUCGGGCCCUGGCUGGGUGUGUGCCAUGUGCAACCGGACCAGCAGCCCCAUCCCAGUAAAGCACAGCCCUCGGCCCCAUGCCAGCUCUUUGGAAGAGCGACUCCCUGAAGCAGGGCCUCUACGCCGCCUCAGUGGCCCCCUCCCCAGUUCCUCUGGGGACCUUGAGAAGCAGCGCCAAGACAAGAUGCGAGAGGAAGGUCUCCAGCUGGUGAUCAAGAUCCGGGAAGGAGAAGCUGGAGGAGCUAGUCCAGAAGAGGUCUUCUCAGCUCUGCAGUACUCGGGCACCGAGGUGCCCCUGCAGUGGCUGCGCUCAGAGCUACCCUACGUGCUGGAGAUGGUGGCCGAGCUGGCUGGACAGCAAGACCCGGGGCUGGGUGUCUUUUCCUGUCAGGAGGCCCGGAAAGCCUGGCUGGAUCGUCACGGCAAUCUGGAUGAGGCUGUGGAAGAGUGUGUGAGGGCCCGGCGGAGGAAGGUGCAGGAGCUCCGGUCCCUGGGCUUUGGGCCCGAGGAGGGGUCUCUUCAAGCCUUGUUUCAACACGGGGGUGAUGUGGCACGAGCCCUGACUGAGCUACAGCGCCAGCGCCUAGAGCCCUUCCAUCAGCGCCUCUGGGACAGUGGCCCUGAGCCCACGCCUUCCUGGGAUGGGCCUGAUAAGCAGAGCCUGGUCAGACGGCUUUUGGCAGUCCAUGCACUCCCCAGCUGGGGCCGGGCAGAGCUGGCACUGUCAUUGCUGCAGGAGACACCCAGGAACUAUGAGUUGGGGGACGUGGUGGAGGCUGUGAGGCAGAGCCAGGACCGGGCCUUCCUGCGCCGCUUGCUUGCCCAGGAGUGUGCCGUGUGCGGCUGGGCCUUGCCCCGAAACCGGAUGCAGGCCCUGACCUCCUGUGAGUGCACCAUCUGUCCCGACUGCUUCCGCCAGCACUUCACCAUUGCCUUGAAGGAGAAGCACAUCACAGACAUGGUGUGCCCUGCCUGUGGCCGCCCCGACCUCACAGAUGACACACAGUUGCUCAGCUACUUCUCCACCCUCGAUAUCCAGCUUCGAGAGAGCCUAGAGCCAGAUGCCUAUGCGCUGUUCCACAAGAAGCUGACUGAGGGCGUGCUCAUGCGGGACCCCAAGUUCCUGUGGUGUGCCCAGUGCUCCUUCGGCUUCAUAUAUGAGCGUGAGCAGCUGGAGGCAACAUGUCCCCAGUGUCACCAGACCUUCUGUGUGCGCUGUAAGCGUCAGUGGGAGGAGCAGCACCGAGGCCGGAGCUGUGAAGAUUUCCAGAACUGGAAACGCACCAAUGACCCGGAGUACCAGGCCCAGGGCUUGGCGAUGUACCUUCAGGAAAAUGGCAUAGACUGCCCCAAGUGCAAGUUCUCGUACGCACUGGCCCGAGGAGGCUGCAUGCACUUUCACUGCACCCAGUGCCGCCACCAGUUCUGCAGUGGCUGCUACAAUGCCUUUUAUGCCAAGAAUAAAUGUCCAGACCCUAACUGCAGGGUGAAGAAGUCCCUGCAUGGCCACCACCCUCGAGACUGCCUCUUCUACCUGCGGGACUGGACUGCUCGCCGGCUCCAGAAGCUGCUGCAGGACAAUAACGUCAUGUUCAACACAGAACCCCCAGUAGGGGCCCGGGCAGUGCCUGGAGGUGGCUGCCGAGUGAUGGAGCAGAAGGAGGUGCCCAAUGGCUUCCGGGAUGAAGCCUGUGGCAAGGAGACUCCUGCUGGCUAUGCUGGCCUCUGCCAGGCACACUACAAAGAAUAUCUUGUGAGCCUCAUCAAUGCCCACUCUCUGGACCCAGCCACCCUGUAUGAGGUGGAGGAGCUGGAGACAGCUGCCGAGCGCUACCUGCACAUGCACCCCCAGCCGCUGCCUGGGGAGGAUCCCCCAACCUAUCACGCACGCUUAUUGCAGAAGCUGAUAGAAGAGGUGCCCUUGGGACAGAGUAUCCCCCGCAGGAGGAAGUAGCUGAGGGCGAGGGUCCCUUGGUCCGACUUCCUCAGGAGCAGCUCCAGCACUAAUAAAGAGGCAUUUCCUUG